AUCCUCCUUCCACUCCCAUCAUCUACUCCAGAGACGAGGUGGAGCUCGGAGUCCAGAACACGCUGAUCUGUCAUGUGACCGGUUUCUAUCCUGCUCCUGUUAAAGUCUACUGGACCAAGAACGGAAAGAACGUGACCGAAGGAACCAGCAUCAAUGUUCCCUUCCCCAACAAAGAUGGUUCCUUCAGACAGUCCUCCAGACUGGAGUUCAUCCCACAGCUGGGAGACAUGUACAGCUGUUCAGUGGCACACCCAACACUGAGCCAACCACUGACCAGGAUCUGGGAUGUGGAGGUGCAGCAGCCAGGUGUUGGACCUGCAGUGUUUUGUGGACUGGGUCUGACUAUCGGUCUGCUCGGUGUGGCAGCUGGAACCUUCUUCCUCAUCAAAGGAAACGAGUGCAGCUGAUUGGCUGAUGAUGUUAAUAAUUAAUGAGUAUAAAAUAAUCAGUUAUUGGCAGAAGUUAAACAGCUACUAUCACUGUAUGUGUGUUUUAUAUUUUAAUCAUUAAAUUCAUCCUUUGCUCAGAAAAUGUGUUUAGAAAGUUAAAGUUGUAUAAACUGAACAAAGACAAAAACAGCUUUUGUUUAAACAUCUACUAUUCUCUGCUAUAUGAAAUGAUUCCUUUAAUUCUUCAUUAAGUCUUUAUGCUCAUAAUUCUCAGCAUGACUGACAUUAUGUUUGCAGUCAAAUAAAUGAAGCUGAAGCUCCGAUCAGUCAUUUAAACUCCAACAUUAAUAAGAUGAUAUUAAUAAACUGGUAUAAAUAACAUGGACGUUGUCUUUACAGAUGUAGAUUAAGAUGAGUAAUAAAUUUCAUUCAGUCCUCAGCUUCUCCAAUCCUGAACACCCUAGAAACAGCUGGUUUGUUCACAGCGGCUUCACAUCAAUGAAAUAUAUAUAUAUAUACAUAUAUAAUAAAUACCUGACUGUAAACCAUGUUAGUUGCUCUCUGUUCUUACACACACACACACACAUAUUAUAAUUAAUAUAAAUGUUGAUUUUAGCUGCAGCUUCUUAUCGUCUGUAACAGUCAGAUUUGUGUGGAGGGAAAAUGUUUGUAUCACUUUAUAAUCUGAGAUAAAUAAAUAAAGAUGAUUU